AUUUGUUAUAUCGAUUCGUCACGUUAUGAUUUAUUUUCUAUUAUAAAAAUCCGUAGUAAACUAUUUUGAAAAUGGUUUACUAUUAUACAUCAGGAAAUGUAAAAAUGUUAAGAAAUAUUAUAAUGGAUUAUGCAGCUUCUGCUGUUUCUCCAUAUGAAUAUAUGAAAGCAUACAUUGAAAAAUGCCCAGAAAAUACGGAAGAUGCAAAGAUUUCAUGGAUUACUGAAUCUUUUCUAGGAAUACAAAGACAUGAUCAGUUUUUAAAAGAAAUUGCUUUAUAUGUAUCUGAAGAAUUGACAGGUGAAGACCAGGAUUAUUUUAUGAUUAUUCUACAUGCUGUUAUUUUCCAAAUUGAACCUAAAGUUACAAGUUACUUCUACAAAUGUCUUUUUAAUUUAAGUAAACCAUUAUUGAAUACAUUUACGAAAUUUUUUAGUAGUGAAAUCCUUCCAUUAAUAUCACAAAUUGCUCAAACUACUUAUGAUACAAAUUUCAUAACUAACAAAAUUAUAAAUCCUCUUUUUACUUGGCAGCCACACAUAAGUGAAAUGGCUCAUAACUAUUCUGAAUAUUUGAAAAAGUUGGAAAGUAGAAAAAAAAAGCCACCUACAAUACCAAUACAGCCAAAUGUUUUAAAUAGAAAAUGUAAAGAAUUUUACUCUCCUGUAGUUGAAAAUUCUCUACCAGCAACCCCUCCAAAUUCUAUGCUAGUUAAAAGUAAAAAAAUGCUUACAAAAAGCGUCAUUGAUCAACGAUUAAAAUAUCUUCAUGAAAAAAAUCAACAAAAAGCUUCACAAUUAUUGAAUGAUGCUAAAAAUAAUAAUUUUCAUUAUGCACAAGCAAAAUCUAGUCGAUAUUACAAAAAUAUUUCUAGUAUCAGAGACGAAAUUGAAAAUGAAAUAACCAAAGUACUUUCGAAACCGAAUAAAAGUUACAAUUUUCGAAAUUCUCAUCCUCCAGUAAAGGAAACAACAGCUACACUUAAAAGAAUAAAUAAAAGGAUACAGCUUGCUGAAGAAGAAGAAGUAGAAUGGCUUCAAACAUUAAUGAUUACCUGUAGAAACACAACUAAAUUUGAAGAAUUACAAGAACACGCUCGUCAGGAGAAAGAAAGAAAAAGAUUGUUUGACAUAGAAAGAAAACAUUUAAUGGGUCAAAUCUCAUAUGAAGAAGCUGUAAUUGCGAAAAAGAAAAUACAAGAUGCAAAUAAAAAGAAUUAUGAGAAAUUUCUUAAAGAAAAGGAGAUGUGGAGUGAAGAAAUUGAGAGGUGGAAGAAAAUUGAAAUGGAUAAAAAUCGUAAGCAAAUAGAAAAGCUUUCAAUGUUGGAACUUAAUUUAAUUAAUGCAAAAAACGAUAUUUUAGCUAAAAAGAAGGCAACUGCUUAUCAAUUAAAAAAAGAAUCUGAAAUAUUGCUAGAAAAAGCGAUGAAAGAGAAACAAGAGGAAUUAGAGCAAAAAGUUACUAUGAUAAAAGAGAUAAAAAUAUUAGAUAUGAUUGCAAAGAAAGCUAAACUUUCUAGAAUUAUAGAUUUAACGGAAACUUCAGGGUUGGGUUUAUUAUGUGAAAUGUCAAUGGCAGAAUUACAAGAAAGACUAAGUUCAUUUAAAAUUAGACUACAAGAAGAACUAGAAAGUAAAAGGAGAAUCAUCAUGGAACAAAAGACAGUAACAAAACAAGAGUUAGAAAAUACCAAAAUUUACAUUAAAAAUUAUAUGACUCAGCGUUCAUUAUCUAGAAAACAGAAUAUAAGAGGGAAGGUCACCUUUGAAUCGGCGUCUUCUAAAGAAAUAAACGAUUUAAAAAAGAUUUUAGAAGAGAAACGUAAAUUACGUAUUAAGUUAACGAACCAAAAUUAACAUUAAAUACCUAUUUGUUAUGGUAGUUCCGUAUACAAAAGGUAAUAACUUAUAAUUUUGUUGUCAAUCUGUCUAUCUGUAGGUACGUCUUAAAAAUCGAAGAUUUAAUAUUUGAAUUGUUAAAUAUUUUGAAAUUGUCCUCAAAUUUUUUAAUCUAGCUGGAAUCAACAUAAUGGUAUAUUGUAACCAUAAUAAAAAGAAAUACUUUUAGAAAAUGCAUAGAAUCGUAAAACUUGGUACAAAGAAAACUUUUAUAGACAUAAAUAGAGCAAAUUUACAGAAUUUAUUUUCAUGUUUGUCCUUAAGAUUUAGAACUGUUUCAAUUAAAAAUGUUAAAGUACCCCGAAGGCACGAAUAUUAC